AUGACUUCUACAGAGCAGCCAUUAAAAACAUCUAAGGUUGACAAGCCAAUCCCCGUGGAGUAUGACUUUGGCAAUAUGGCCGUGUUUGAUACCAAUCCUCUUGAUUCCAGUAAGCUUGCUGAUGCUGCGACCAAGGAAGAAUACCUUACUGAAGUUGCGCGUGACAAUAUCCAGCUGUUAGUUGGACAGUUGCUCCAGCUGCCGAUAAAGAAGACAACCAACUCUGUGAGCUCUUCUGGAACACAGGAUAGCACGAUGACAUUGUUUACUCUUCCUGCACCUACCACACAGCUGCCGCGUGAGAAGUCACUGCCAAAGGAGAAGGCCAAGACCAAAUGGGAACGAUUUGCUGCUGAGAAGGGUAUCAAGAAGAAGGCCAAGGAUGGCAAACUUGUGUACGAUGAGGAAAGUGGUGAGUGGGUUCCCAAGUGGGGUUAUGGUGGUAUCAACAAGAAGCUUGACAACCAGUGGCUGGUGGAAAUUCCCGAUAAGCCAGAGGAUCCAGAGUCUGAGUUUGCGGAUCCAAGAGCUCUCAACCGUCAAGAGAGAAAGAAGUUGGUGAAGAAGAACCAGAAGCAGCAGGAAAAGAACUCCAAGCGGGCAGGAAACUAUUAG